GCCGCAGGCACCUGACAUUGGAGACGACAGCCAGGCCGGUGACGCCUGCACCCCGUCUCCAUGUUCCCCCAGACCACCCACUCGCUCUACUGGCCGCCCGAUGUCGCCCGCUACAACAUGGAGGCCCUCGUCUUCCUGUCCUCCGGUUGGCUGAAGACGGCCUGCGUGCUCUGCGCUCUCUUCUGGGUUGCCUUCCGCGCCUACCGCGUGCUCUCCAAGCCCGUCGAAGAGCUUGUCAACCUCCUCGGUCUCGAAGUCCCGGUUGCGCCGCUGGUCUCGCUCGCAGGUAUCAAGGCGGAUGGCGCCCUGCUGCACUGGAAGCCGCCAGACCAUCGCUCGUCGGUCGUCAAAUAUGUCAUACGCAUCAACGGCAUCGAUAUUGGCGAUGUAUCGCCCCAGGAAACAUCCGUGACAAUCGAAAACCUCCAGCCAGACCACCACUACGUGAUUCGCAUUGUCACACUCAAUAGUGCUAGCUUCCAGGCUCCAAGCCUCCCCAUCCGCCUCAAGACCCUCACCGCAGACUCCGAACAAUUCUAUGGCUCCGCGCCGCCUAAGGAGAGCCGAGAUAGCGGACACGAUGAUGAAUACACGCCAACGCCCAUCAUUCGGCCAAACAAGAACCUGGUGGAUAUCAUGGUCCCUCCGCUGGUUGCGCCAGUCAUGGCUCGGGAACACAGCAAUAGCACAUCUCGCGCAAGGCGAUCGGAGACUGGAAGGCGCAACUCGCCAGCGUCACAGACAAUAGAGCAGGCGAAGUCAGCACAAGAGGCAGCAGCCUCCAUGGAAUCUAUCAAGCAGCUUACAGAAAAGCUUGACAGUCUUCGACGGGAGCUUGAUGAUAUGGAACGGCAGAUUCAGGAUGAAGAAGAGGAAUUCCAGACUCAAAAGGCGAUAUUGGUAGAAAAACGGGACGAGAAGAAGGCGGCGCUGAAAGAAAAGGAGGACGCAAGCCGCGAUCUAAGGAAAGAAGUCGCAAGCCUGGAACGUGCAAACGCCUCAGCCCAAACACGGAGAACGCAGCAGGAGAGGCUGCUACGUCAGAAGGAAGCCGAAAGGAAGAAGCUGAAAGACGACGUUGCGCGGUGGGCACGAGAGGCCGGUGAGUUGCGUGCUGCUGCGGAGCGCAUUCAGACGGAGCGGACCGAGUAUGAGAGCGCCUCCGAGACGCGGAUAAAAGAGAUGAAAGACAAGUAUGCAGAAGACAUACAGACGAACAAGAGUUUGGAGGAGGUCAUUCGUGAAAAAGGGACCCAGAUUAAAGCUCUUGAAGAGGAGAGGAAGAAGCUCGAAGAAGGGGAGGAGGGUGCAGAUGCUCAGGAAGGAUCUGAGAACGCUGAGGCGGACGAGGAUAAGAGAUGGCUCAUUACAUUACCGAGCUUACAGCAGCGUUAUGCCCAGGCAUGGGCGCUCUUCACCGAGGCCGAACGUGCGAACCACGAAGCUUCAGCGAGGUUGCAAUAUCUGCAACAACGCCGCAUGAGCCAACCGCAGCUCAUGUCCGGAAUAUCCCAGGAGUUCGUUCUCACAAGAAGGAACAGUCAACGCUCGCGGCCGCUCAGCAUGCGCGAGCCUCUGACGUCUGCAAUCCCUGGUGGUUUCGUUCACUCUACAGCAGCGCCUUUCAACGGCGGCAUAACCACGACUUCGCCCUCAUUCGCCUCGGCCACGCCCUAUUUCAACCCCGUCAAUGGCAUGGCCAUACCUCCUCCGAGUGCUCAGGCUUCGUCCUUCUCCCAGGCAGAGAUAGAUAGUCUGACUGGCGGAGCACCGAUGAGUCCUACGGCUGGGGCCUUAUUACCUUCCGGCUUGUUCGGGGAUGACACAGGUUUGACAGAUGCCGAAGAUGAGGAUGAUCCAGGGCCCCCACAACCGCCGCCGGACCCCUCGCCUAAUCUUCGCAAUGUUCUACCUGGCCUGGGAGCACCUGGUACACUGGAUCAAAUACAGAGCCCCAGUUCGCCGGUGUCUGUACAAAGUCGCUCUCCUAGUGCAUUCGCAAGCCCGCGAGACAGUGCCGGUCAACUUGCUUACUACCCAAAUAAUGAGAACGUGGUCGACAGCGACAAGCGCUCGAUACGGUCAACGUCCAGUUCGUUCAAGAAUCUCCCCCAGACUACCCGGUUCGGCGGUCUGUUUGGAUUGAGCAGGCAGCGCGGUAAGACUCUGGACCAAGGCCCUCCCUUGGGCUCUCUGAAACUAUCCCAAAGCCAGUCCUUACCUAGACAAGACAUUGAUGGCUUGGACCCUAUUGGGUCGCAACGACGGCGGGGUAGCCAUUCUGGAGGUGCAUGGUAUGACGCAUUCAUGCGGACGAAGACACAGCCUGUAGAGUCAUCGAGUAACCCUAAACAUGUCGCCACGCGAAAGCGGGCAUUUAACAUGUUCGGGACAAAAGGUGACCCUUGGCUGACAUCUGCGCUAGGACUCGGCGAUAGACCGUCCUCACCUCGUCAAGGAUCCACUCAAUCCGGCGAGGCGAAUGUACUACCAAGGCCGUCAACAGAGAGUCAGACACGGUUCGGAUGGUCAGUCGAUGCUUUUGGUGCGCGCAGCAGCCCGCUUGGGGUGGACUGGAGCAUGAACAACAAUAACUCCACGUCCUGGUCGAGAAUGCCUUCACGCAGACCUUCGAUGCAGCAUGGCUCAUCGGCAAGCCUGCUUAACGAAGGUUUACUGCAUGGCGAUAUUCCGGAUUUCCCGUCAACCACUCGAUCUCCCACUCAAGCACCUAUCGGUACGAGGCCGCAAUCAUCUGCAUCUUUUAUACCCCCUCCACCUGUCCCCCCCACGCCACCUAAACAGCUGAAUCCAACUGCGGCGGCUUUCACAAGCAUCUUUACGCGCGGGAAAGAGACUGACGAGGACAAGGCCGAAAAGGCUCACAAAGCAGCAGAGAAGGCGGCGGAAAAGGAAGCCAAGAGAGCUGAGAGGAAAGAGGAAAAGGGGAAGGAAAAGAAGGCAAAGGCCGAGAAGGCUGACAAGGCUUCUCGCAAGGAGAAGGAAAAGCUGCUCGCAUCCGAAGUCGCUGCUCACGAUUCUGGAAAAGACACCGGCUCUCCCCUGGAUCCACGACGCUCAAGGGACAAUCGGUCCAUAUCCACCGCGGAUAUCUCAGAUGCUUCUCCUCGCGAGUCACUAGAGCGAUCUAUCUCGCAAACAACGUCGGAGUCGCAGCCUCCUGGCGCUUUCGGCAAAGAGACGUUCAUGCAGAAGCUCUCGCGAAAGAGCAGCACGAGCCAGUUCCUCCAAUUCGGAAAGGCAAAGAGCUCGCUGUUCUCCAAGAAGCCAAGUGAGGUGGUCACUCCUGAUGAGAUGGAUGAAGAUGCUGGGGCUCUGUUGGCAAGGAGCACAGAUAGUCCCGGUGCUAGCCCGUCUAUUGGCACACCCAAGGACAAGAGCAGUGCUUUGAGUUGGAGCUCGAUCAAGCGCAUUGGGAAAAGGGGAGACAAGACUCCUAGUCUGCACGAGAGUAUUGCUAGCGAGGCCACGGGCGAUGAGGACGAUGGAGUGAGUGAAGGUGGUGGUACAGCUUAGAGGGUGGACUAAAAGCCGUGCAUCUGGCAGAUGCCCUGUUCGUGAGCCGAGUCAAUGAAAAAAAGGUUAUUUUUCAGCCUAUUACCCUCACUCAUUGCAAACCUGCUUUGAGGUAGCCCAACAAGUAAAGUAUUCAUGGCUGCUAUGGGAUUUUUGCUGUAGGUAAUAUCGCUUUC